AUGGGCGGAAGGUGUGAAGUAUGCAGAGCAAAUAUAAAUGUUACUCAAAAACUAAUAAAAUUCACACAAUGUUCGCAUAACUACCAUUCAGAGUGCAUAAAUUUUAAUAAUGAUACUGCUUUAAUAUCUGAAUGGAAGUGUCCCGCUUGCACUGCUUCUUGUCGAAAAGGUGAUAAUUACAGUAACACUCCGAUACGAACUAAUAAGUCUCCUUCCAACAUCGUUUACGAUAAAACUACGUAUAGACAAUCAAACAAAAGUUCUGACCAGCCUACAUGUAUCACUGGGACUAGUAGUUGCCAAACAUAUAUUUUGGAAUUAAUUUAUAGCAUAGAGUUACUGUUAGACAAAAAACUCAGUGCUAUAAAAUUCGAUAUAAUUCAAGAGUUGAAAUUAUCACUUAUCACUGAAGUAAAAAAUGAAAUAACUAGUAACCUUAAACAGCUGGAAGAAUCGCAUAAUAGUUUGCUGAAUGACUACAACAAUCUUAAAAGUAAUUUUGAAAAACUUCAACAAAAUAUCCAGAAUGGCGAAAUGAAACUGGAUGUGCGCAAAUAA